UUUUUGGCUAUGACAUUGGAGUUUCAGGGGGAGUGACAUCAAUGGAUGAAUUUCUGGAACAAUUCUUCCACACAGUAUACGAAAAGAAGCAGCACGCGCAUGAAGAUAACUACUGUAAAUAUGACAGCCAAAGUCUUUCAGCCUUUACCUCAUCUUUGUACUUAGCAGGAUUAGUCUCAUCCCUAGUUGCAUCACCUAUCACAAGGAUCUAUGGGCGUCGAAUAAGUAUUAUAUGUGGCGGGAUCAGUUUUCUAGUUGGAGCUUCUCUUAACGCCUCGGCGUUAAACCUGGCCAUGCUUCUUGUAGGCAGAAUUAUGCUUGGCAUAGGCAUUGGCUUCGGCAACCAGGCGGUUCCAUUAUAUUUGUCAGAGAUGGCGCCAGCCCACAUUAGAGGAGCCUUGAAUAUGUUGUUUCAACUAGCAACAACUCUCGGAAUCUUCACAGCGAACAUGAUCAACUAUGCAACAAUCAAGCUUCAUCAUACCGCGGGAUGGAGGCUCUCAUUAGGCCUUGCAGCACUGCCAGCUCUACUAAUGACGAUGGGCGGGAUACUUCUUCCCGAAACGCCAAACAGCUUGAUUGAACAGGGGAAAUUUGAGAAAGGAAGAGCUGUUCUAGAGAAAAUAAGAGGAACUCAGGAUGUGGGUGCUGAGUAUGAAGACAUGAUCGACGCGAGCAACUUGGCGAAGGCGAUUAAGCAUCCAUUCAGAAACAUUCUGCAGAGGAGAAACCGGCCUCAGCUGAUCAUGGCGAUAUGCAUGCCAACCUUCCAGAUACUCACUGGGAUAAAUAUUAUACUCUUCUAUGCUCCCGUGUUGUUUCGGAGUAUGGGGUUCAAAGGAACUGCAGCGCUCUAUUCAUCUGCUCUGACAGGCGGUGUUCUUGCUUUAUCUACGGUUGUGUCCAUGGUCACUGUUGAUAGUUGGGGCAGGAGAGUUCUGCUCAUUGCUGGUGGAAUACAAAUGAUCAUCUGCCAGGUUAUUGUAGCCAUAAUCCUGGGGCUGAAAUUUAGAGAUGAUGAAGUGCUAUCAAAAGGCUACUCAAUCCUAGUGGUGGGUUUCAUCUGCCUCUUUGUUGCGGCCUUCGGGUGGUCUUGGGGUCCUCUGGGAUGGACAGUGCCGAGUGAAAUCUUUCCGAUGGAGACGCGGUCAGCAGGACAAAGCAUCACGGUCUCUGUGAAUCUCUUCUUUACUUUCGUCAUUGCACAAUCUUUCCUCUCGCUUUUGUGUGCUCUCAAGUUUGGGAUUUUCAUCCUAUUCGCUUGCUUUAUAACCGUCAUGACCAUCUUUGUCUUUCUCUUUCUACCUGAAACAAAGGGGGUGCCCAUUGAAGAGAUGAUGCACCUGUGGCAGAAGCACUGGUUUUGGAAGAACAUUGUUUCUGGCAUCCACUCACAAGCUUACGAGGCGAAAACUAAUGGAAGACACAAUGAAAGAUGCUAAUAUCGGAUCAGGAUGAUUUAAGCUAACCUUUUGUCCCUUCUUUUCUAUUGGUUAGUCUUUGUCAGUUGAAAAUAGAGACUCUCAAACAAGUAUUAAGCUAGUGUAAAUAGAUAAAUGCAUCACAUGAAUACAUGAGUGUUUGCAAUUUCUUAAAAGCAGUAAUGCAGUAUUGUGUUUUUCGUUUAAAAGAAGCUACAAGUGUUGUUUUAAAUAAAUAGUUAUGCACAGUGCUUAUAAGCAACGUUUAGAAUUUGAUACUGCUCAGGAUUUAUCUCAUUAACGGUGGAGAAGAG